GGCUUGUCCUUGCCUGGGAGUCGUGCUCUCACUUGCUGCAGGGCUCGCGGGGGGCCACCAUAGCAUGAAUAUGGGAGGCCUCUGGCCUUGGGUGCUGGGUCUGGUCUCUUUGCCAGGUUUGAUCCUAGGAGCACCCUCAGCCUCCAGCUGCUCAGAAGCCUGUGGAACCAGCUUCUCGGAGGGCCUCAACCCCGAGGGGACCCAGACAUCCUGGGACAAGGACAUCCCUGCGAUUAACCAAGGGCUCAUCCCAGAGGAAACCCCAGAGAGCAGCUUCCUCCUCGAGGGGGACAUCCUCCGGCCGAGUCCCUUGCGGCUGUUCUCAACUACCAGCAACAAGUGGCCCAAGAACGGGGAGGUCGUGGAGGUCCCCUUCCUGAUCUCCAGCAGAUACGAUAAAGCCAGCCGCGACAUCUUCCUAAAGGCAUUUGCCGAGUUUGAACGCUUCACAUGCAUCAGGUUUGUUGCCUACCAGGGCCAAAGAGACUUCAUUUCCAUCGUCCCCAUGUCUGGGUGUUUCUCCAGCGUGGGACGCAGCGGAGGGAUGCAGGUGGUAUCCCUGGCACCUACAUGUCUCCAGAAGGGCCCAGGCAUUGUCCUGCAUGAGCUCAUGCACGUACUGGGCUUCUGGCAUGAGCACUCACGGGCUGACCGGGACCACUAUAUCCGUGUCAACUGGAACGAGAUCCUUCCAGGCUUUGAAAUCAACUUCAUCAAAUCUCGGAGCAGCAACAUGCUGGUGCCCUAUGACUACUCAUCAGUGAUGCACUAUGGGAGGCUUGCCUUCAGCCGGCGUGGGCUGCCCACCAUCACACCGCUCUGGGCUCCCAGUGUCCACAUUGGUCAGCGAUGGAACCUCAGCACCUCGGACAUCACACGGGUCCUCAGGCUUUAUGACUGCAGCCCAAGUGGCCAAAGCCCCCGUGGGAGAGGGUUCCAGCCCCACAGCGAUGGUAGGAGCCCUACUCCUGCCUCUAGACCAUACCUGCAGCAGCUUCUGAAGGCAUUGUCGGCAGAAUCUGGGCGCCCCGACCCCAGUGGCUCCAAGGCUAGAGCCCAGCGCAUUGUUGCAGGGCCUGGAGAGAGCCCACGUAGCUGGAAGCUCCCUGCGCUGAGAAAGUUGGGUGUGGGGGCCUCUGCAAGGCUGCUUCAGACCCCAGCUUCCUCCCUAAACUCCAGGCCUGGAGCAGACGUUCCUGGUUUGGCUCUAGAGAGGUCCUGGCUGGCCCAAGUGCCCUCUGUACCACUCACUGCUUCUCCGGAAGCAGAAGACCAGCCAGGACCCAUCCAGGAGGCUUUGGGGAGCAGCUCUCCCAGGAGCACAUGUACCUGAAAGUCCUUUC